UGAGGUUGGAGAUUCGAGAUCUGAGAGCUGAAAUUUGAGAUUGGAGACGAGAUCUAAGAUUUGUGAAACGACUAUGAAUUCGGACCUCAGUCUUCUCUGUGCUACUUGAUUUCACUCACUCGUUACUUGUGUGUGUAUUUCUGAUUAGAUUCUCGAUAAAAAAAUGAGUAAAAAUAUUUAAUUGUACAUACAUAUGGAGAAAUUCACUCGUGUCACUAUAUUAUCGCAUAAUUACAUGAUUUAUUGACAAUAUUAAAAAUGAAAUAUUAAAAAUGUAUUUUAAGUUUUAGAUCAAAAAGCAUAUUUAUUCAUUCAAAUUUGAAAAAAGAAAAUCUUGAGUAAUCGUUAUAGGCGUUUUCACCGGUAUUCCUCAAAACUUGGCGUGUUCACUUGUUUAUGACUAUACCUUACUCCUAUACAUAUAAACAAAGAUGUCUGGAAACAAGUGUCGUAACUGUGCAUCUAUCAACAUCGAGACUGAUCCAGGACGUGGAGAUGCAAUCUGUAUGGACUGUGGUUUUGUACUGGAGGAUUCUGUCAUUGUAUCCCAGACUAAUUUUGAGGAAUCAUCCUCUGGUAAAGUGAUGGUUCUUGGACAUUUUGUUGCCAGUGAUAGCACAGGUGGUGCCACAAAUUUUGGUUCAUCUUAUUAUGCUAAUGGGAGAGAAUCCAGAGGAGUUACCUUACAAAAUGCACGAAAAGGUAUAACACAUCUCUGCGUGCAGUUAGGCUUGAAUCAAAAUUGCAUUGAGACAGCAAUGAACUUUUAUAAACUGGCUUUGAACAAGCAUCUGACACGUGGGAGAAAACAGGCUCACAAUCAGGCUGCCUGUGUAUAUAUUACUUGCCGCACAGAAAGAACAGAACAUUUGCUCAUCGAUAUCAGCGAUAUUCUUCAUAUCUGUGUGCAUGAACUUGGGCGGACAUAUCUGCGACUUACCCAAGCUUUAAUGCUCACUCCACCAUCAGUAGAUCCUUGUUUAUACAUUAUGAGAUUUGCCCACAAACUCGAGUUCGGUGAUAAAACUCAGUCCGUAUGUACAACAGCUCUGAGAGUUGUACAAAGAAUGAAAAGAGACAGUAUUCACAGUGGUCGUAGACCAUCGGGCUUAUGCGGAGCAGCUUUAUUAAUAGCUGCGCGAUUACACGAAUUCAAUAGAUCACCUGCUGACAUUGUAAAAAUUGUCAAAGUGCAUGAAUCAACUCUUCGCAAAAGAUUAAUGGAGUUUGGUGACACACCGUCCAGUGCAUUAACUUUAGACGAAUUUAUGACGGUGGAUCUAGAAGAGGAACAAGAUCCUCCGGCAUUUAAAGCGGCUCGUAAAAAGGAUAAAGAACGUUUACUAAAGCUUGAAAAUAUAGAUAUGGAACUCAACGAGCUGCAAGCAGAGAUUGAUAGGCAAUUAGAAGAUUGUAAAAUAAAGAAACCAAAGAAACGAAAAAAUAAUUCUUUUAUAGAAAACGAAGACGCAGAAAGAUUUGUUCGAGAAAGUAAUCUAAGUAUUAUUCAACAGUAUGUUGAGAACGGUAUCGACGAUCCCGAUGACCCAAUUCCAAAUGCAAUAGAUGAAAACAAUACGACGCUUAUUACUGGCUUGGGUCCGGAUAUUGCAUCGAUGAUACCUACAAACGAUCACAUCAAUGAAAAAGAAAGAGACAAUAAUUUAGAAAACGUUUGUGAAGAAAUCAAUAUAAGUGACGAUAUUGAUGAUGAGGAAUUGGACAGUUACAUACUUUCGGAGAAAGAAGUUCAAUCGAAAUCAGCUCUUUGGAACAAAGUAAAUGCAACUUAUCUUGUUCAGCAAAAGGAAAAAGAAGAGAAGCGUUUAAAGGAGAAGGAAGAAGGAAAACCGGAGAAAAGAAGAAGAAGGAUUUCCAAGAAAAACAGACAGCCUGCUAAUACUGCGGGAGAAGCAAUCGAAAAGAUGCUACAAGAGAAAAAGAUAUCGUCAAAGAUCAAUUACGAAGUAUUAAAAAGUUUAAAUGCUCAGCAACAAAACAAUCAAGAUUUACCUACUACAACUGAAUCGGACGAUGUAUUAGUAUUAAAUAAACCAAUAACAGUCAGUUCUACGUUAAACUCUUCGGAACUUUUACCAACAAGAAAAUAUCGUUCUGUUAAACCAAAUACUCAACAAUCAAAGAAAAUAGAAAAACUAUCAAAGAAAAAAGAAGAAGUAGAUGAAAUUAUUCCAGAAACGGAUGAAAACGACAUCAUUCCAGACUUGGAUGAACCUAUAGAGGACACAUCUGAAAUAGUUUACAAUAUGGAUGAAGAAGAACCUGAUACUGGAGAAAUGUUACUUGGAAAGAUACUCGAAUCUCACAACCAUCAAUUCAGCGACGAUGGCUAUGAGUACGAUAAGUUAAAUGCUUCAAUCAUGACCAGUAACGUUACAACUAUAAAAUUGGAAGAUGGACAAGAAUCUGUCACAGAGAUACAAACGUAUCUGGAAACAUUUAAUAAAGAAAUAGAAGGGGGACAGGGAGAACAACUGCAGCAUGUGCAAUUACAACAAGUGGAAGGAUUAUCUAGUGAAGAUGGGGGGACAUAUUUUGUUGAUCAGUCAGGUCAAUAUUACUAUCAGGCAAAUAGCAAUGAGGCACCUGUGAUGACACAAGUGCAAAUACAAGAAGUCGAAGAGACUGAUGUACAAAAUGAAGGAGAGGCUACUCAGGAAGAACAGUAUCAAGAGAUUGAAGAGCUUGAAACUGCUGAGAGUGAAGAAAAUGGACAAAUAGCCAACAGUGAAAAUAAUCAAGUUGUGAUUAAUUCUGGUGAUGCAUAUCAAACUGUUACAAUUGUGCCGUCUGACACAAAUCCUGGAGAAGUGAGCUACGUUUUGAUAGUUCAACAACCUGAUUCUGAAGAGAAAGACACUAAACCAACUGAAGGUGAAACGUCGGUGACCGCAGCAGCGACUGCAACAGGAGCAGAGGGAGAAGAGGCUGAAGGAGAACAAGAUCUUACUGUUUAUGACUUUGAAGAUAAUGAAGAUAAUGAACCCGCGGUGGAAUCUGAAACGGAAGAUGAUAAAACUAAAAUUAUCAAACUCAUCCCAAAGAAAUCUCAGACUGUUACACAGGCCCACAUGUGCAACUAUUGUAACUACACAAGUCCGAAACGUUAUCUUUUGUCACGACAUAUGAAAUCCCACUCUGAGGAAAGACCACAUAAAUGUAGUGUUUGUGAGAGAGGAUUCAAAACUCUGGCUUCGCUUCAGAAUCACGUCAACACUCAUACCGGGACCAAACCUCAUCAUUGCAAAUUUUGUGACAGUGCAUUCACAACUUCUGGUGAACUAGUAAGACAUGUUAGAUACAGACAUACUCAUGAAAAACCGCAUAAAUGUCACGAAUGCGAUUACGCAUCCGUUGAAUUGUCGAAAUUGAAGAGACAUAUUAGAUGUCACACAGGCGAACGACCUUAUCAGUGUCCACACUGUACAUACGCAAGUCCGGAUACAUUUAAACUGAAACGUCAUCUUCGCAUUCAUACUGGUGAAAAGCCGUACGAAUGCGAUUUUUGUCAAGCAAGGUUUACUCAAUCCAAUAGUUUGAAAGCUCACAAAUUAAUACAUAAUGUAGGCGAUAAACCGGUAUUCCAGUGUGAACUGUGUCCAGCUACAUGUGGCAGGAAGACAGAUCUCAGAAUUCAUGUGCAAAAGUUACAUACUUCUGAUAAGCCUCUAAAGUGCAAACGUUGUGGAAAAACAUUCCCAGAUAGGUAUAGCUAUAAGUUGCAUAGUAAAACUCACGAAGGAGAGAAGUGUUACAAGUGCGAUCUGUGUCCGUACGCGUCUAUAUCGGCGCGUCACUUGGAGAGCCAUAUGCUCAUCCACACCGAUCAGAAACCGUAUCAAUGUGAUCACUGCUUUCAAUCAUUUAGACAGAAACAGUUACUCAAACGGCAUUGCAAUCUUUAUCACAAUCCUACUUACGUGCCUCCACCGCCGCAAGAGAAAACACAUCAGUGUCCUGAAUGCGAAAGGGCAUUUAGACAUAAAGGAAAUCUUAUGCGACAUAUGGCUGUUCACGAUCCAGAGUCUUCUCUGCAAGAAAAACAACAAGCGCUCAAAAUCGGUAGACAGAAAAAGAUCCAAUUUAUCGAUGGACAACGAGUGGAAGUAAUGACAGGUUAUGAAGAUGAAGAAGAAGAAGAAGACGAAGAAGAUAUUAUGGCUGUACAAGGUAGCGAUGGUCAACAGUAUGUCGUGCUAGAAGUAAUUCAGUUAGCUGACAAUCAAGGAACUGAGCAGAUGGCAGUGGUCGCCAAUGAAGAUGGAGAAUUGAUGAUGCAGGAUCCCUUAGGACAAGAGAAUGGUAUAGUAACUGGCACAACGGACGAAGUUGACGAAGUGGAAGAGGAGAUAGAAAUGCAAGAGUUAAAGGUGGAAAAUAUUACUUCAUCUAAAUCUUCAGCACAGAGUACACCAAGCGAUUCCAAAUUGCAGAAAGAAAUGGAAACGUGCUUCGGUUUUGACGAAGAAGAAGAAGAAGACGGAGAAGUGGAUAAUAACAUAAAUAUGUUACAGACCAUUUCGUAAUAAAAAUCAUAAGAAGAACGUACCUAUACAUAAUAGUCCAAUGUUUACUAUUUUCCCAGUGUUAGUGUACGUAUCUUUAAACAAGAAGUUUUUUUAUUAAAAAAAAAAAUAGUUGAGAACAUUAUAUUCUGUGUACAAAAAGACUGUGAGAGUGCAGUGUAUUGCUAUAUAAUACAAAAAUAUCUCAAAUUUAAAAGUAGCUCUAGUAAAGAAAGUGAGACAGAAAAACAAGAGGAAUUAUUCUUUGGAGGCUACAAUGUGGCUCAUGUGUAUGGUACAAGAACUUCUUUUGCCAUUAGUGCAUUAGAUGUAUGUAAUAAUUUAUGGAAGCAUUGUAGUUUUGUGGUCUAGUAAAAUAUCCAGCACAUGUGUAAAAUACAUUCAUGAUAUUGUAAAAUAUUGGUUUACGUCAUGUAUGUAUAAUAACAUAUGAUUUAUUUUGAUA